AAUACUUUUUGUACAUAUUUGCACUAAUUGAGUGUAAAAUUGUGUUGCAACUGAAUAUGACCAGUUAGUUUAAAUGUAAUACUAGGCCUGAAGGCUACAGGCAGCAACUGAGAACCAAGCAAAAAUGUGUUAUUUCUUUAUUUCUCUCUCUUUCAUCUAAACACCUUUGGAAUUGUUCUCCAUUGUUUGAUAUGUAACUAUAAUGUAAGUUAUAUUGCCUGCCUGAUGGUUUUAAUGUGAGUUAAGGUGUCUGUAUCUGUCAGAUUGAAGUGGAAAAUGCAAUAUAUUCUAUAUGGUGUCCUAAUGGCCCAUAUAUUAUUUUAGCUAUAGGCUAGGCUACACAUGACAUAACCAAUGGUUGCCUUGGCCUUAAGUACAUCUGAAUGACAUAAUGAUAUACUGUUAUCUGAUGAUAUAGAGGGUGUGUGCGUUCGUCUCCAUGCGUACACUUUGUUCAACUUUACGUAAAGGUCAGACCAUUCGAGGUGACACUUCAAUGUGUCUUUAGAGCAGGUUAAAUACCAUGCACAUGGGGGAUUUUACCAUGUGAAGUGUGAUAAAAACAUUAGGCUAUCAAACCUGCGCAUGUGUCACAUUGUUGUAUUGUUUGUGUCAACAGCGCACUGAUUUGAGUCACGCUAGACUGGCUCAUUUGGUGGAUAAGUUCCUAACCAAACAACAGUCAUAUCUUGCUUCAUAUAGGACCUACUUUGACCCUUGCUUAUCGGUGAACGAAAGGUUUAUAGGUAGCAUGUAAUCGCUUACCUGGUAACAGAAAGGCAACGCACUGGGUAAACACCGCAGCUCGAGGCAGAGAACAGUGAUAUCACUGCCUCUCCCUGACUUGCGUCUUUGCCAAGUAGUCGGGUUACGCUUUACCACACAUGGGACAGCGGGGAUCGAGACCCCAACCCGAGGCCCGAGUUCUCCUAUUGGGUCUCGACUCAGCGGGGAAAUCAACCCUUCUUUACAAACUGAAAUAUAACGAAUCGGUCAAUACCGUUCCCACCAUCGGUUUCAAUGUGGAGAUGAUAGAAGCCAAGAAGAAGAGGGAGACAGUUGCUCUGACCGUGUGGGACGUGGGCGGCCAGAAUACAAUGAGGCACUACUGGAAGAGCUUCUAUCAGGACACUGCUGGACUGGUGUUCGUGGUGGACAGCUCAGACAGGCGCCGGUUGGACGAGGCCCGGCGGGAACUAGAUCACGCCCUGAGGAGUGAAUUCUUACGGGGUCUGCCUGUGGUCAUCCUCGCCAACAAGCAGGACCUUCCCGAGGCCGUAUCCGUUACGGAGAUAACAGAGCGCUUUCACCUGAGGACGAUGAGCGUUGAGCGGGACUGGUUCGUUCAGCCCUGCUCUGCCGUGACCGGUGCUGGGCUUAUAGAGGGCUUCCAAAAGGUGGCACACCUGCUCAAACUACCAUCAGAGGACGUUCAAGACAAUAUUAAAGAGACAGUGCAGUAUCUACGAUCAAAAUCAGUCACGUCAAGGGGUUUGUAAUGUUUGCAAUGAUAGGAUAUGUCAAAAGUUAUUGACAAAUGAUGAUAAUUUGUUUUUAUUGUUUACGGAUGAAGAUCACAUUUCACUAUGAUCAAUGUGUUUCUUGAAAAGGUUGUCACAGUGCAAUAGACUACAUGGAAACGAAAUCAAUCCACGAAGCUAUUCAAUUGACUUUAAAUCAGCCUAUGACAUUUUUUCCAACUAAAUUUAAUACGUUUGUAUCAGAUUAUUUCCUCUGAGAAAUAUGGUCAUAAAUAAUGUUAAGUCGCCUAUAGACCUAAUAAUUAACAUGUCAUUAUGGACUUUGGGGAGCAAUGCGUAAAAACGCACCCCAAAUGGUCAAAUUUACUUUUCAUCUUUUAUGUAGACCUAUAACCUAAUAUAUAUGUCUUGUAUCUAAUAAAAUGUCUUCCCUA